AUGACAGGUAAAACAGCAGGAGCAGUAUCACGAAUAAAAAGUAAAGCGCCUAAUUGUAGUUCCAGCCAUUGUAUUCUGCAUAGACAAGCACUUGCGAUGAAGCAAAUGCCGUCAAAUCUAAAAUUAGUUAUGGAUGAAGCGGUAAAAAUAAUUAAUUUUAUCAAAUCACGACCACUACAAUCCCGAUUGUUCUCAUUAUUGUGUGAAGAUUAUGGCAGCAAACAUAAAACACUGCUGCUCCAUACAGAAGUGCGAUGGCUGUCUCGGGGUAAAACUUUAACAAGGGUAUUUGAACUUAGAACCGAGUUACAAAUGUUUCUUUCAGCAGAUACAGUUUCUUUUAAUUUGAAAGACCGUUUGUAUGAUAAAACUUGGUUGUUCCGAAUGUCUUUUAUGGCGGAUAUCUUUCAAAAACUGAACGAAUUGAAUUUAUCAUUGCAAGGUACACAGACAUCUGUGUUCCAGGCCUAUAACAAAAUAACUGCCUUCAAAAGAAAAUUAGAUUUUUGGAUUAUUUGCGUUGGUAAGAGAGAAAUAGAAAGCUUUACGUCACUCAGUGAGUUUGUUAGCGAUAACGACUCGGAAAUGUUUCAAGAUGAUGUGUUUGAAGAAUUGGUCCAAUAUCUCACUUCGAUGCGCGCAUCUUUUGAAAAGUAUUUUCCCGAAGAACAGAAUACAAAAAUGAAGCUGAAUUCAUGGAUUCAUAAUCCUUUUUUACCCAACUUGCAAAAGCCCGAAAGUAUUGUCAAACGAGAUAUAUGA